UAUAGUAUUGACGUCUCUUUUGUUCUUAUUCAAUAUUAGCAGUUUUGAUGAGGAGUUGAGGAGCCUUAUAUAAGAUGAAGAGAGUGUGACUAUCAGAAGCCUUUGCCAGUAUGUCUCUAGCCAAUACCUCAUGUUUUCACCCCUCAUCUUUCCUGCUGUUGGGAAUCCCAGGACUGGAAAAUAUGCAGCUCUGGCUUGGUGUCCCAUUUGGUACAGUCUACCUGAUUGCCCUCCUGGGGAAUGGCAUCAUCCUCUUUGUGAUCCAGACUGAGCACAGCCUUCACCAUCCCAUGUUCUACUUAUUGGCCAUGUUGGCUCUCACUGACCUGGGCAUCUCCACCGCAACUAUUCCCAAAAUGCUGAGCAUAUUCUGGUUUGGUCUCAAUGAGAUUGACUUUGGGGGAUGCUUAGCUCAAAUGUUCUUCAUACACCUGUUUACAGGUUUCGAAACAUUCAUGCUUGUUGCCAUGGCUUUUGAUCGCUACGUUGCCAUUUGCCACCCUCUUCGAUACAACACAAUCCUUACCAACAGAACUAUUUGUAUUAUUGCUGGAGUAGGAAUGUUGAAAAAUUUUGUUUUGGUGUUUCCACUUGUGUUUCUCCUUCUAAGGCUUUCAUUCUGUGGACAUAAUAUUAUACCCCAUACCUACUGUGAGCACAUGGGCAUUGCCCGUCUGGCCUGUGUCAGCAUAAAGGUCAAUGUAUUAUUUGGAUUAAUUCUUAUCUCUAUGAUACUUCUGGAUGUUAUUUUGAUUGCUAUCUCCUAUGUGAAGAUUCUACGUGCUGUCUUCAGACUCCCAUCCUGGGAGGCCAGGCUCAAAGCUCUUAAUACCUGUGGUUCCCAUGUAUGUGUCAUCUUAGCUUUUUUCACUCCAGCAUUUUUCUCUUUUAUGACUCAUCGAUUUGGCCACAAUAUUCCACGUUAUAUCCACAUCCUCCUGGCAAAUUUAUAUGUGAUAAUCCCACCUGCUCUUAACCCCAUUAUUUAUGGGGUGAGAACUAAGCAGAUCUGA